AUGGACCAUGCAGUGAGAAGCUCAACUGGUCAACAUGAUGGAACUUCCAAUGGUGCUCAGUUGGAGGCGGAUGACCCCCUGAGAGGCCUACGGGGAGGUCCCGGAAGAUCCAAGACCAGGCUCUGUGGUUGUGGACCUAUGGAGGAGUCGGCAUUGGAGCGUUACUUUGACGAUUCCAUAGCAAAUGACCCUAGCUACUUGUUGGACGAGCUUGACCCUACGAAUCCUGCCCAACAUGCGCUUGCUCUGGACCCCGGUGAGCAGCAUGCGUCCUUCCAGCGGGCAAAGCCUGGUGAUGAUCUGGACCUCAGCUUCCUGCAAGAUGACCUCAGCACUCCGGAUGACCACACGGGCCCUGACUCUGAGGCAGCCGUGGCCGCAGAAAGUGAGGCGGCCGCCCUCAAUGUGUCGCAGGACAGCGGCGUCUGUGCGGACUUCACGUGUCCGGAGGCGGCUGCGGCCGAGCCUGACCACGGCGUGGCGGCCCUGAGGCCCGGGGUGUCCCCCUUCUGCCCCAUGACCCCCAUGACGCCCAUGACACCAAUGACGCCGGUCACUGAGAGAUCAGGAAUCAUCCCACAGCUGCAGAACAUUGUCUCUACAGUUAACCUGGGAUGUCCACUGGAUCUGAAGUUCAUUGCCCUGCAGGCCAGAAAUGCCGAGUACAAUCCCAAGCGCUUUGCAGCGGUCAUCAUGAGAAUCCGGGAACCACGGACAACGGCGCUCAUAUUCAGCUCGGGGAAGAUGGUCUGUACGGGAGCCAAGAGUGAGGAGCAGUCACGACUGGCAGCCCGGAAAUACGCACGAGUGGUGCAAAAACUGGGGUUCCCGGCUCGCUUCCUGGACUUCAAGAUCCAGAACAUGGUGGCCAGCUGUGAUGUUUGUUUCCCAAUCAGACUGGAGGGUUUGGUCCUGACGCACCAACAGUUCAGCAGUUAUGAACCAGAGUUAUUUCCAGGCCUCAUCUACCGGAUGGUGAAACCUCGCAUUGUCCUGCUCAUCUUCGUAUCUGGGAAGGUGGUUCUGACUGGAGCUAAAGAACGAGCUGAGAUCUAUGAGGCCUUUGAGAACAUUUAUCCCAUCCUGAAAGGCUUCAGGAAGCACUCCGUGCCCAUGGCGUCCCAGGCGGAGCUGCCUCCUCACGGCCCCGACCGAGCGGCUUCUCACUCGGGAGGCAAGCCGCCUCUCCCCCGGCCGCACCCCGCCUCGGCCCAGGGCUCAGUGCCGGCCCAGGGCUGCGCAAUGGCGGAGUCGGUGGACGACGCGGAGGGGCUGUACGUGGCGGUGGAGCGGUGCCCGCUGUGCAGCACGUCCCGCCGCAGACUCACCUGCGCCCGCUGCGUCCGGGCCGGAGACUUCGUCUACUUCGACGGGAGGAACACCGAGAGGUACUCUGAGAAGAGGGGCCAGCUGAGGAGGCUGACCGAUGAGAAGGAGAAGCUGCAGCAGAGAGUUAUCCAGGCCAUGGACAGCAGGCUGCAGGCCGAUAAGAUCAAAUGGAAGAUCAUGCUGUGUAAGAUAAAGAUCGAACAGCUGAGGGAAGCCGUCUCCUGGGGCAACGAGGAGGUAAAGACCGGUAAGGAGCUGCUCCUGCGCUCCCAGGAGGAGGCCCAGCGGCUGCAGCGCCGGGCGCUGCGCCACCAGGAGAAGCGGGACAAGACCGAGCGCCACGGCCGGCGGCUGGCGGAGCUGCUGGAGCGCCGCGCCCGCGAGCUGCACGGCGGGCUGCGCCAGCUCGCCGCCAUCCGCCGGGAGCACAUACUCGAGCUCACCACCCACAUCUUCCCCAUGCAGGAGGAGAAACAGGGCACCAGAGACCCCGCCGACGUGGUGGCCGAGUGCGACCCGGCCCUGACGUCCAGCACGGUGAGCGAGCUGGCCGAGGCCCGCCGGACCACCUACCUGUCCGGCCGCUGGAUCUGGGACGACCAGAACGGAGAGACCAGCAUCAGCAUCACGGGGCCCCCCGUGGCCCUGCCCAGCAACGGGGACUGCUCGGCCUACUACAGCUGGAUGGAGGAGAAGAGCACCACCCAGGGCCCCGAGCUGGACCACAUCAACCCGGCCCACACCAUCAGCGCGGCGCUGUGCUACGCCACGCAGCUGCUGACCAUCGCCUCGCACAUCCUGGACGUCAACCUGCCCAAGAAGCUGUGCAACAGCGAGUUCUGCGGGGAGAACCUCAGCCGCUACCGCUUCACCCGAUCCCUGAGCAAGCUCAACACCAACGUGCUCCACCUCUGCUUCUCCCAGCACGUCGACAGCGACAAGCUCCACCCCCACCACACCCUCAGGAACAUCACCUUUCUGGUCGCCCCCGACAACGAGCACCUGGGCAGGACCGGCCCGUUCGAGGUCAGCGCCGACCUGGAGGAGUCCAUGGAGUUCGUGGAGCCCGAGGAGGCGGGCGCCGCCGAGGAGAGCGGGGACGAGGCGGUCAGCGACGAGGAGACGGACCUGGGCACGGACUGGGAGACGGUGCCCAGCCCGCGAUUCUGCGACAUCCCCUCCCAGCCCAUGGAGCUCUCCCAGAGUGCACUGCAGGUGUCCCAGCCCUCGGCCCCCUCUGGAGGGAUGAUCUCCUCGGCCGCUGCCUCCGUCACCUCCUGGUUCAGAGCCUACACCGGUCAGCGCUGA